UUACCCUGUUGGUGAGAGCUGACGUCCGCCAUUUUGUUUUUCGUCUCGUCUUGCGUUUUUCAAAUCCUCCAAACUGACGCAAUUUUUACCGAUUUGUAGGAGUCUUGGAGACCGCUUACUACCAUAUACCUACAGACAUGGCGGAGUUCGCAUUUGUUAAAGAGCUUCAUGCGGAACAAACUGCGAACGAGACGCACAUCAAAGAGGAGCCGACAGGAGACACUGGAUGGCAACGGGAUGGACAAGAGAACGUGCUGUGCCAGGAAACGUACUGUGAGGACCAGGAAACAUACGACUACCAACCAACCGGACAUCCUUGGGACGGGACUUACAACAGUUGCAAGCAGGCAACAGACACAGGACGGCAGCAGGGCGAGGAAAGGGACGUUCGAAAGGACGAAACGUGCGGUGUAAAAGCGGAAAUGGAAGAGUCCAGCUUUAAACUUUCUACUGGAGAACUGUGUACUGGACAUCCUGGGAAGGAGAUGGACUGUACAGAACACCCUGGGAAGGAGAGUGACAGCAGGGAGACCCAGACAACAGACAUGGGCCUGCAGCAGGAAACGUGUGAUGUGAACUUUCUCCAACCUGACAACACAUUAACCUCACAGUCACAGGUAAAGGAGAGCAAAGGCAAUAUGGGAAGGCAUGUGGUUAAACAUACUGGUGAGAAACCCUACAUGUGUGGGGAGUGUGGGUACAGGUCAGGUAAGAAGUGUUAUUUAUCUCGACACAUGAGAACACAUACAGGUGAAAAGCCCUACAAGUGUGACCAGUGUGACUAUUCGCAAGCAAAGAAAUAUAGUUUAGACCGACAUCUAGUAAAACAUGCUGUUGAAAACCCCUUUGUGUGCAAAGUAUGCGGAUACUGGACAACUACAAGACCCAGUUUAGUCCGACAUAUGAGAAUGCACACAGGAGAAAGACCCUACAAGUGUGACCAGUGUGACUAUUCUGCAGCGGACAAAUCUACACUUUACAAGCAUGUAAGAAAGCACACUGGUGAUAAACCCUACAUGUGUGGGGAGUGUGGGUUUAGAACAAGUCGGAAGGAUACCUUAUCUGUACACAUGAGAACCCACACAGGAGAAAAACCCUACAAGUGUGAUCAGUGCAACUAUUCUGCACCACAGAGAGCCAGUUUGGACAAACAUCUAGCAAAACACAGUGGUGAGAAACCCUACACUUGUGGAGAUUGUGGGUACAAGGCGGCUCGAAAGCACCACUUAUCCGAACACAUGAAAAUUCAUACAGGAGAAAAACCCUACGACUGUCAUCUGUGUAGCUACUCUGCAGCUAGGAAAUCAACCCUGUGUAAACAUUUAACAACUCAUGAGGAAGACUAAAUCUAAAGUGUGCAUAAAA